AUGUGGCACACCGUUGUCCUCGUGACGGCCAUCGCCAUCUGCGGGCCGUUCGAUUCGAGUUGCGCCUCUCCCCUGUCGGUGGAGGAAGUCAUCGCUCGGGUGAACCGUGGUCCCCGUUGGGUAGCCACCGGAAACCGGAAGAAUUUUGCUGGCAACCAGCAAGGGUACCGUAUCGUCGGUGGCAUCGAGACGAGCAUCGAAGCCGUUCCCUAUCAGGUGUCGUUGCGGUAUUUAAAUAAGCACAUCUGUGGCGGAUCCAUCAUCUCUCAUUCGUGGAUCCUGACGGCGGCCCACUGCCUGGAGUGGUAUCCCAACAAUGACCAAAUUAGAGUUCACGCCGGAAGUAGCAGCGUCUCGUCGGGUGGUUCGCUGCACGAAGUGUUCUACUAUCACCUGCACCCGGCCUACGAUGCCGUCGAGUACCAGUGGGACGUGGCCACGAUCCGGGUUCGCUCGGUCAUGGCACCGGGCAUCGGCAGGGCAACCAUUGCGCUGCCACCGGCCACCGGAGCGCCGGAAUGGACCAUCGGCGAAAACGUCACGGUGUCCGGCUGGGGCUUCGAGAUUGCGAACGGACACGUCGUCGAUAGUUUGCGCAUGGUUCAGCUGGUGGCCGUCUCCCGCCCGAGUUGCAACGAAAGCUGGUCCGGUUUCAUCACGGAGGACAUGGUCUGUGCCGGAGCUCCGCUUGCCGAUGCCUGCGAUGGGGACAGUGGCGGGCCGGCGGUACAGGAUGGCAUUCAGUAUGGGAUCGUAUCGUGGGGAGCGUCCGAGUGUGGCAAUCUGCCGGGAGUGUACACCAACUUGGCCCACCCGUCCAUACGCACGUUCAUACAGCGCACCACGAUGGUGUAA